AUGAGCGCAACUGAGAAAGCAGCACCUGUGCCACAGGAGCCCAACAACCCGCCUGCAUCCGCAGCGACGACUUUGCGCCCAGCCAAACCAGCCGACAACAACAGCCUUCUGGGCAAGGGAAAGAAGCUAUUGGGACUGGGGAAAAAGAAGGGAGACGAGGGAGACCGGCCGGCGACGGAGCAGACAGGAACGAAGACGGCUGCGGCUGCGGCGUCGACUACUACUACUACGACGACGACGACGGCGACUAACAAGACUACGACGACUACAUCGGCACCCACACUACUCCCCUCACCCCCAAUGUCUCCACCAGAGCGCAGGGCAUCGCCGCGAGGCAGCCCGCGCAUGCUGCCUGUGGGCGCGUCUCCUGGCCGUCGCAUUCGCUCUACAUCGCCCAACCUGCACAGCCCGGCGUCGUCGCUCAUUUUCGAGCGCAACGUGCAAGAGCCCGAACCGUCGGUCGAUGUGCCGGCACACAUCAAGACGGAGGACCAUAUACCCCCCGCACUCGAUGCGACGUCACUGGCCAUUACCGACACUCAGCUCAACCCCGACGAGGUGGAGAUUGUGACACACUCGGCGCACCAGCCCGUAGCUGUGGCCGUGGCCGGCAGCAUGGCCGAGUCACUGCACUCACCCCUCAUGGCGCCAGAAGAGUCAGCAGCAUCGAGCCAUGUGGAUGCGAGCGAGUCGACAGCGCCAGGCUACGGAGCGCUCGACACGACGGACCCGCGCCGGCUGAGCUUCAUUUCCUUUGCAGACGUGGUGCAGGCCGAGCACGUGGAGCACGACCGGCAGGAGGUGCUGGGGGCGACGUCUGGAGAGGCUCUGCAGUUUAUGAGCCUGUCGUCGACGGCCAACCGGUCGCCGUCGCCCGUGAGGUCGAUAGCGUCGUCACCGCCGACGACGAGCGGGGCGGCGUCUCCCAAGGCGACGGACCUAGCACGCACACGAUCUCCCGGCAGCCCCACGUCGCCCAUUGUCCUCGGGCACCCGACGCCGGCAUUUGGCGAAGAGCUGCCGGUGCAGAUUGAGACGAUGCGGCAGGCGCUGCGCAAGACGCGGUCGGGGGAUUUGGGAGGCAUUGCGUCGCCGUCACAGGCCGUGAGCGCAGUGGGUGGCGAGGACAAGGCGGGGGACAAGCCCCCUUUCAAGUGA